AUGGGAUUAGAAAAUAGCGCUCUAGUUAGAAAAUACGUUAAUGUCGGAGAGAAGAGGGCAGGCUCAACCUCAAUGGGGAUUUUUGUGGGUUUGUUUGCUGCCUUUGGUGGUAUCCUUUUUGGUUACGAUACUGGUACCAUUUCUGGUAUCAUGGCUAUGCCUUACGUGCUUGCUCGUUUCCCAAAGAACAUAGAUGACGGCUUCUCUUCAUCUGAAUCAUCUCUUAUUGUUUCUAUUUUAUCCGUUGGUACAUUUUUUGGUGCUUUAUUGGCUCCAUUCUUGUCUGAUACUCUCGGACGUCGUUGGACCCUCAUCAUUUCUUCUUUAAUUGUCUUCAACCUUGGGAUUAUUUUACAGACAGCAGCUGAUGCAAUUCCAAUGUUAUGUGCUGGAAGAGCCAUUGCUGGAUUUGGUGUUGGUUUGAUUUCUGCUUCCAUCCCAUUAUACCAAUCUGAAUGUGCUCCUAAGUGGAUCAGAGGUGCUAUUGUUUCAUGUUAUCAAUUUGCUAUCACCAUCGGUAUCUUAUUAGCUGCAUGUGUCAACGAAGGAACUAAGGACAGAAAUGACAGUGGAUCUUACAGAAUUCCAAUUGCUGUCCAAUUUCUUUGGGCUCUUAUUCUUGGUGGUGGUUUAUUCUUCUUACCAGAAACCCCAAGAUUCUGGGUUUCCAAAGGUCAAGAAGCAAAGGCUAGGGAUUCUUUAUCAAGAUUGAGAAGAAUCCCAGCAGACCACCCUGAUUUAAUUGAAGAAUAUGAUGAUAUUAAGGCUUCAUUUGACUUCGAAAUGGCACAUGGUACCACCUCUUGGCUCGAUUGUUUCUCCAAGAGAAAUAGACAAGUAUAUAGACUCUUCACCGGUAUUUGGUUGCAAGCCUUCCAACAAUUAACUGGUAUUAAUUUCAUUUUCUACUAUGGUACUCCUUUUUUUCAGUCUGCAGGUAUUAAGAAUCCAUUUACCAUUUCCAUUGCUACCAACAUUGUCAACGUUUUCAUGACUCUUCCUGGUGUCGUCUUAAUUGAAACUGCUGGUAGAAGAAAGGUGUUAAUAUACGGAGCAGUAUGCAUGUGUGUUUCUGAAUUAUUAAUUGCUAUUGUCGGAGUGGCCGUACUGGAGGAAAAUAAAUCAGCUAACAAAGUGUUAGUUGCAUUUACCUGUACGUUUAUUGCUGCGUUUGCAUCUACAUGGGGACCUUGUUGUUGGGCCGUCGUUGGUGAAAUUUUCCCAUUAAGAACAAGAGCCAAGUCUGUCGCUAUGUCUACUGCUUCCAACUGGCUUUGGAACUGGGCCAUUGCAUACGCAACACCUUACUUGGUUAACACUGGACCAGGAAACGCUGGUUUACAAAGAAAGGUUUUCUUUAUCUGGGGUGGAUGUAACUUCCUCUGUAUCCUUUUCGCUUGGGCAUUCGUCAUGGAAACUAAGGGAUUAACUUUAGAACAAGUCGAUGAAUUAUAUGAAACGGUUGCCUCUCCUUGGAAAUCUAGUACAUUUGUUCCAUCUGCACACGCUUUCCAGGACGAAGGCGUUUUGCAUGAAGAUGCUUACAUUAAAGAUACCAAUGAUAAAGCUGAAGUUGAAACUUCGUCUGUUUAG